AUGAGAUCCAGAAAAGUACCACUUCGAGUUGAAGCUCAUGAAAGAACGAGAAGCGAUGGGAUCGAAAUGCCGGAUCCAUUUGCUGAUGUGCAAUUAUCUCGAGUACUCAAGGAACUCUCAUUUAUCAGAAUUCAACUGGAUGACAUUACCUUACCGACUCCUAACCCAUUCAUCCAGAAAUUACACAAUUCCAGACAGCUUUAUGGAUUUCAACUUGAAUACUCGUUUCCUUGUUUGGAUGUUGUUUCAAAAGCCCUUCAAUCAACCGUCAGGAUUCCUGAAAAAGUCGCGACAACGACCCAAAUCGAAUUCAAGCACAAACGUGUUGUCCUACUAACAAUGCAUGAGGAUCAAGUUGCGAUGUGGCAGAAAUCCAAAUUGAAUAUUCAUUUGCUAGUUCAAAUGGAAGCUGCCGGAAAAUAUACGACGAGACCUCUCGCCAAAGCGUCAAUUCCGUUAUACGAACUUCUAAUUGCCCCAUACAUGAUUUGCCGAGAUUUCGAUUUUGUUGGUCCCGAUUUCGUCGGAUCAGCUUUGAUCCGAAUUGACCUUGGCAGUCGUGUGAAACCACUAAUGGAAAAAUUGGAAGCUCUGAGAAACGAACGCUCGUUUGAUGAGACUUUCACUGUUACUGAUAGGCAUCGGAAUCCUGGCCGAAGGACGAGAUCGAGAAGCUCGUCAAGAUGUCACUCGCACUCAAAAUCGAGACGAAGUAGCGAUGAGAGCGAGAAUUUGCGACCACAAACCAUUGAAUUAUCCGGUAUUCCAACAAGAAAUACGAGAUCUGAAUCUUCGAGUGUCUCCAGAAUGCCAAUUGAUUCCCACCGACACCAUACUCGUCCUUUAUCUGCACGCUCUUCGACGUCGACACCGCUUUACGGUCAACACCUCGCCGCUUCGACGUCAUCGUUGGGAUCGGAUUCCGUGUUUCGACCCGUCGAUGUUAAUGAAUACUCAUCGGUUCCAGAUCGAUUCUUGAAGCCGAGCAAUUAUCACAGUACUAGUGAAGAGAUUCGUUAUGAAGGAAAGUGCCAUUUGCAGUUGACAGUUCAUGAAGCUUCUGGAUUACCACCUAUUGAAGAUGAAAGUGGUCGUAUAGUGAGUCCGAAUGCAUUUAUUUCGAUUCUUGGAAGAGAAGGAGAGUUGCGUUCCGAACCAAUACCGGCGACGCGUCAACCGCGAUGGAACUGGACGGCGAGAUUUGCGAUGAGCAGCGAAAGACGAAAUCUUGUUGUGAAAGUGCUUCAUCGAGGCACGAUGGGUGAUAAACCCCUCGGAUUUGUGACAUUAACACUUCCUGUCGCAUCAGCACGCCGAGCAGUUUUUGAGAUGACAGAUGUAUCAAGAAUGAAUAAAUUUACCAGCGAUGUUCCCGUUUUGGUGAUGUCGAUAGAAAAAGUUCGAGAUAUUGAUGAAGAUUACUCUCCAAGAGCUUCAGCACAUUCAAGCACUGUUUCUCGAUCCCAUCAAUCCACACAAUCCUCACCAACGAUUAUUCAUCGCCGCGAGCCACCGCUACUAAACAGUCCAAAAAUUCUCGAAAGUCGCGAGCAGAUUGUCGAACGGUUGCGUAGAAAUAUGGAAGAACUAACCACAAUGGUUCGCGAAAUUCAAAAAUAA